GACGACUCGGUCGGUCUCAGCUUGGCCCUGCAUCUAUUUCCUCCGCCGCUUUCCGAGGCGAAGAUGGCGACCUUCGAGGUACAUCGAGCGACCAAUACGCUGAUGGCACCGUCGGGUUCUUCAUCAGUCGCUUCGCACACCCAUCUCUCCGGGCAUGGACCGGCGCACGCGACAGCGUCUAUCAUGUUCGAGGACGACGAGAACGAGGAAGACGGAAUGGAUGUCGAGGACGAAGAGGGAGGCCAAUCAUCAUCGUCAAAACGAUCACAAUCCCACCUGUUAGCCACGGCCGGGCAACCGAUCGCUUCAACGUCUACCUUCAUGCGAGGGCAUGGCGCAUACAUUGGCGGUGCCGCCCCAGGCAGCGGCCUCGACGGCGCCUCCAGCAUCAUCUCCUCGCUCUGUGGCCUCGUGUCGCGGACCAACCGAUUGGUGAGCGUCGCGGCGCUCAAGUCUCGCUAUGCGCCCGAAGUUGGCGACCUCGUCGUGGGCAGGAUCACAGAGGUGCAGGCGGGCAAUCGUCGCUGGCGCGUCGAUGUGGGAGCGCGGCAGGAUGCCAUCUUGGCGCUGAGCAGCGUGAAUCUACCCGGAGGCAUCCAGCGGCGCAAGCUGGAGUCCGACGAACUGCAAAUGCGAACAUUUUUUGCAGAGGGAGACCUGCUCGUCGCCGAGGUCCAAGCCGCAUUUGGCGAUGGCAGCGUGGGCCUUCACACGAGGAGCCUGCGCUACGGCAAGCUGAGAAAUGGCGCCCUCGCCGUGGUUCCCCCCGUCCUGAUCCGGAGGCUCAAGAGCCACUUUGUUGAGCUUUCCCAGGCUCAGCUCGAGGUCACCAUGGGUCUCAACGGCUUCAUCUGGGUUGCGCCGGACGACGCCGAGGCAAAGAAGAGCGCGAGGGCAAUUCAGGGCAGGGACACCGAGGGUGUCUACAGCGAUGAAAACGUCAACGUCAUCCGGGCUCUCAGGAGGCGCAUCACAAGGGUUGUCGAUGUUCUCUCGAUUCUCGCAGCCAACCACCUUCCCAUAUCAGACCUCUCACUGUCAAGAACCUAUGACCUCUCCAUCGCGCUGGCCCCUCUCCAAACUGAAGCGGCAGGGGACGACGACUUGCCAGGCGGCCUGACGAGCGACGUAGUGCAGGUCAUUGUUGACGAGGCCAAAAAGGCCGAGAGCAGCUACUGAAGAACAAUUGAUAUCUUGCCACAUUCUCUCUCUCUUUGUAACUAUACACACAAGUAUCUACCAAAACAACCAAAUAAAGUAC